AUGUCUUACUCCACGAUCGUCAGCAACAACUGCUUCCUCUCUCUCGCUACAAAGUUCACUGCUCGUGGAUCUCGUCUUCAGUGUACAUUAGCAAUGGCUCGAUCGGCGGUUGAUGAGACAUCAGACUCCGGAGCUUUUCAGAGAACCGCAUCAACAUUUCGAAACUUUGUUUCAAAAGAUUCCAACUCCCAGUUUCCAGCUGAAUCCGGUAGAUACCAUCUCUACAUAUCGUACGCUUGUCCAUGGGCUUCUAGAUGCCUCUCAUACUUGAAGAUCAAAGGACUUGACCAUGCAAUAAGCUUCUCGUCUGUUAAACCGAUUUGGGGAAGAACCAAAGAAAGUGAUGAGCAUAUGGGAUGGGUUUUUCCGGAUUCGAACACCGAGGUUCCAGGAGCUGAUCCUGACCAUCUUAAUGGUGCUAAGAGUGUAAGACAACUCUAUGAGAUUGCUAGUCCGAAUUACACCGGGAAGUAUACUGUUCCUGUUCUGUGGGAUAAGAAGCUCAACACUGUUGUGAACAAUGAGAGUGCUGAGAUUAUCCGGAUGUUCAACACCGAGUUCAAUCAUAUCGCCAAGAAUCCUGAUCUCGACCUUUAUCCUUCUCAGCUCCGAGCUAAAAUCGAUGAAGCUAAUGAAUGGAUUUACAGUGGGAUAAACAACGGUGUCUAUAGAUGCGGGUUUGCCAAGAAACAAGAACCUUACGAGGAGGCGUUUAAGCAAGUGUAUGAAGCAUUAGAUAGAUGCGAGGAGAUUCUUGGAAAAGACCGGUACAUUUGUGGUGACACUUUGACUGAAACAGAUGUCAGAUUGUUUGUCACUCUUAUAAGAUUCGACGAGGUUUAUGCGGUCCACUUCAAGUGCAACAAGAAGCUCUUGAGGGAGUAUCCGAAUCUGUUCAACUACACCAAGGACAUUUACCAGGUCUCCGGUAUGGAGAGCACAGUGGACAUGAAUCACAUCAAGCAGCAUUACUACGGAAGCCACCCUUCGAUUAACCCUUUUGGGAUCGUCCCUCGUGGACCAAACGUUGAUUACUCUUCGCCGCAUGAUCGACACAGAUUCUCCAAAUGA